CACAAAUGCCAUCGAAAGUUACCGAGCUGAAAGAACGAAAAUAGACGAAGGGUUGCCACUGGCAGCCCAUCCCUUGCCUCCUCACACGCCAAUGGAUCAGCGGAUCCUCCUCCACCCACUCCAUCUCUUCUUCUAUCUCUUCGUCUCCAUAUAAAUCUCUCUCCGAUCUCUUCUCCGAUCACUCCGCCAACCUUUCUCUCAGUCACUCUUCUCUCUUUUCCGUUCCAAUUCGAUCCGGUUCAAUCGGAGUCCGAGAUGCGAGGAGGCGGCCUGUGGCAGCUCGGCCAAUGCCUCUCCCGGCGCAUCGCCCAAUCGAGGCCCGGCGCCGCCCCCAAAGCCCGUCCCUUUUCGGCCGCCCCCGCCGCGGAGCCGGUGGAGCUCAAGAAGACCGCGCUCUACGACUUCCACGUCGAGAACGGGGGAAAGAUGGUGCCUUUCGCCGGGUGGAGCAUGCCCCUCCAGUAUAAGGAUUCCAUCAUGGACUCCACCCUCAACUGCCGCGCCUUUGGGAGCCUGUUCGACGUCUCCCACAUGUGCGGCCUCAGCCUCCGCGGCCGCGACGCCAUUCCCUUCCUCGAGACGCUCGUCGUGGCUGACGUCGCCGGGAUGCGCCCCGGCACUGGGUCGCUCACCGUGUUCACCAACGAGCGCGGCGGCGCCGUCGAUGACUCCGUGGUGACGAAGGUGCAGGACGACCACAUUUACCUGGUGGUGAACGCUGGGUGCAGAGACAAGGACCUGGCGCACAUCGGCGCCCAUAUGGAGGCCUUCAAGAAGAAGGGAGGGGUUGUUGAUUGGCACGUUCACGACGAAAGGUCGCUGCUUGCCCUCCAGGGUCCUCUUGCUGCAUCAGUCCUUCAGUUGCUGACAAAAGUGGAUCUAAGCAAACUUUAUUUCAGUGAGUUCUGCACAUUGGACAUCAACGGAUCCCAUUGUUUCCUUACAAGAACUGGCUAUACAGGCGAAGAUGGUUUCGAGAUAUCGGUUCCAUCAGAGAAUGCUGUGGAUCUUGCCAAAGCAAUUCUGGAGAGAUCUGAAAGGAAAAUAAAGUUGACAGGGUUAGGUGCCCGUGACAGUCUUCGCCUUGAAGCUGGCCUAUGUCUAUACGGGAACGACAUGGAGCAACACACCACACCUGUUGAGGCUGGCCUCACAUGGGCAAUUGGCAAACGAAGAAGAAAAGAAGGUGGCUUCUUGGGCGCAGCCGUGAUCCUGAAGCAACUCGAGGAAGGGCCACCGGUCCGACGCGUUGGUUUCUUCUCAACAGGCCCACCCCCACGAAGUCACAGCGAGAUCUUGAGCAGCGAUGGUGAAAAGAUCGGAGAGGUGACGAGUGGUGGGUUCAGUCCCUGCCUGAAGAAGAACAUCGCAAUGGGGUAUGUCAAAUCUGGUCUCCACAAGCCAGGAACUGACGUCAAGAUCAUCAUUCGGGGGAAGUCAAACGAUGGUGUCAUUACGAAGAUGCCGUUCGUACCAACGAAAUACUAUAAGUCAUCCUAGAUCUGUUUAAUUUGAGUUUGAGAGUUUCCAAUCUGUUUCUAUGGAGAUAAUGAACAACUGCAAAUAAGAACACCUUCCAAGUUUUACA